ACCACCACUCAUUAGUCCUGCAAACGAAAUAGCAACACAUCAUCCUCCUCCUCUCAUCCAAGGCGUUGGUUUUUAUAGCCUCACACAGCUCAAACACACAAUGCUAGUCUUGCUGUUCACAUCAUUGCCAAGCCACAAGGAAACGAGCAGCAGAAGAAGAGGAAACAAUGGAUUGCUGCGUUUGCAGCCCCAUGGCGUCCAUGUACAGGCCUCCAAGGAACACCAUCUGCGCUUCGUGCUAUGAAGGUGCCAAGGCCAUCAUCUCCUCCUUCAACGACGAGGAACAGGGGAGCGAUGCUGCUCAAGGCUCGAUGAAGUCCCAUGGAUUGACAAAGCUCAACAACGCAACCAAGGGAUUAAGAGAAGCGUGGGAGCAGGUGCGAUGCCGGGAGGAGGAGACCAAGCAGAGGGUCUCGUUUCUCCACCAAGGCUUCGCGGCGGCGUGGAAGGACGGCCUCCACACCGACAUCGCCGUUAGCCCUGGAACUGGGCCCCCAAUCCAAGCCCACAAGGCCAUCCUUGCCGCGCGGUCGGAGGUGUUCCGCCACAUCCUCGCCGGCGGCGACGGCUGCAAGGCCCCCGCCGGCGACUCCAUCUCCCUCCCGGAGCUCACCUACGACGAGCUCUCCCACCUCCUGGCGUUCCUCUACACGGGGGCCCUGACGUGCACGGAGGAGCGGCACCUGCACGCGCUGCUGGUGGCCGGCGACAAGUACGACGUGGCGUUCCUCCGGCGGGCGUGCGAGGCGCGGCUGGCGGCGCGGGUGGAGGCCCGGAACGUGCUGCGGACGCUGGAGGUGGCGGAGCUGAGCUCGAGCCUGGCGCUGAAGGAGCGCGCCAUGGGGACGGUGGUGGAGCACGCGGAGCAGGUGGUGUUGUCGCCGGAGUACGAGGAGUUCGCCGUCAGGAACGCCAGCCUCUGCGUCCAGAUCAUCCGCGCUCUGCUCGCCAACAAGGCCCCGUAGGAUCGAACAAGGUCAAACAAAUCUACCAGAGGGGUGAAUGGUAGGUAAAAAUAAAAUCCAAAAAUCUUUCAUGGAAUAAAGGAUUACAUCUGUCGAAGAAAUUGACGAAGGCUUGCUACCUUCAUCGCGUCGCUCCUGUGCCGCCGCUACCUUAAUCGUGCCGCUCAUGUGCCACCGAUCAGAUUAUCGAAUCGCGCCACUACUAUGACGUCGAUCAGAUCGU